CAACAGUUUAUUUAUCUUACCUUAUUUUCGGAUACAAAUAGUGCAAACACCUCUUGAAAAGUUGUCUAUUAUUAUACAAACAUUUGUAAUUAAAGAAAGCUGCGAUUAAAUUGUAUGAAUGUGAUAUCAUAUUUAUAUAUUAAAUUAAUUUUAGUAAUAUAGCAGUUCUACUACAAAUUCUUCUUACUUUAUUAGUUAAAUUAGUAGUCCAGCCGUCCAGCCAGUUUAGACAUGUCUCAGUCUCAGCCUUGGGUCUAAACUUAAACUUAAUAAUAACUCAACUCUUUCAAGUAACAUUGAGUCUACCACAGUCUACGUUUACAAUCUACUCACUACUCAUUAUGGAUGUAUAGCCAAUAUUUAGUAUAUGGAUAUGGGAAGCUUGAAACGUUAAAUUAAUAUAUUAAAUUAUUAAGAUUAAGGAUAUUUUUAUUGUAUGUCCCGGAAUGUCCUGAUUGUGGAUUUUACUUUUACAUUCAUUAGUCAUUAGACAUUAGUAGUCAUUUCAUUAGGACUUUUAAUAGGACAUUUAGUUUUAGGAAGAAAGUUUUAGAAAUUUAACUAUUAUUUGAAAUUUUAAUUGUUCAUACUCAUACUGCUAUUGUUUAUAUUAAUAUAAGUUAAUAUAACUCAAAGCUUUAGUUUGGUACACUGUGACUGUGAGUAGCCAAGUAGGCCUACUUUCUUAAGAUUCAAAAAUUUUUGAAUGCUUGUACUUGUAUUGAGUUAGUUCAAAAAGUAAAUGCCUAAAAAUGAAAUGGCCCAGGUUUGGCAAUAACUUAUAUAUGCAGAUUUGUGGCAAUUUUAUCCAUUAAAAGUGAAUAUUUAUCCACAUUCUUAUUACUUAACAUGAACAUUUCACAGAUUUCAAUGGGUGUCCAUCAUGUCCUAUAAAAGCAAUGACCGUGACUCAGUGCAUGCUCAAGCUCAGGUUCUCAAUAUCAACAGUGAAAGUAAUCUACAGGAAUUAUCUCUGUCUUCUAAUCUAAUGCUAGAAAAGGUAGGCUUUGUGGUAGUUGUUUAAUAAAUUAAAAAUGGGCCAAAUAAAUUUUAAUAUUUAAAAUGAUUUAAAUUGAAAUUUAAAAUUAUGCUUUAGCAGAGCAAUGUUUACUUUGUAUUACUGUUACUUAUUUGUUUCACAGGAAGUUCAAGCCGGUCUACUUUCAUUUAUGGCUGGGGAGUCAAGCUCAAGUCAAUUUUCCAGUGAAAUAAAUAGACUUCGUUUGGAAAACAGUCAGCUUAAGCUAGAUUUGCAAGCAGAACAUGGUAAGUGGAAUAAUUUUGUUUGUUGAUGAAAUUUGUAACAAAAUUAUUGACCCUUUAACUCCAAGUAUGAACAUUUUUUAUUUGACACUUCAAAGAAAAUUCUGAUUUAAAAUAAAAAAUUAAAGAAAUUUUCUCGGGUAAACCAAAAAGAUACAUGAUUGUUUAUUAUUUAACUAGGUACUAUGAUACUCAUUCGCGUAUCCGUUCUGUGCAUGUUGAAAAAUGAUGCAAAACCUUUUGUGGAAAAAUAACAUUCGACUCCUAAUGAACUUGUUUGGUUUUUUUUUGCGUUAACGCCACAGUUUUGUAAUAAUAAAUUAUUUUGUCAUCAGUGACAUAGAGCGCAUAUUUUUCCAAAUACGGUGAUAUCAUUUUUGCAGCAUGGUGGAUUUUGUGACUGGCAACGCAAUUUCUCUGAUUUAUCGGUAUGUACUUAAUAGAUUAUAAUUUUUUAGUGUAAAAUUGCGAGACAUAGUGCUUUAUUGUGCUACUGCUUCAAUCAUUCACAAAGGGGAAUAACUUCAUUUCAUUAAGAAUAGCAAUUGCCCAAAACGUUAUGCAUUUAAAACGCUGGAAGGUGUAAGAAAAUGAAAAUGUCAGUUAAACAUGUCAUUCCCCCUCGCAAAAAAAAUAUUGGGUUGUCGGAAAUGGCUCUUCUUAUUAAUUUAAUAUAAAAAUAUGAAAUGAUUUUUAUUAUUGAUCAUUUUUAAACAUCAGUGAAUUAAUUGGAAAAAAUGUAUACAAUAUUAUUAGAAAUUAAUACAAUCCAAUGAAUUUAAGAGUUUUUAUUAAUUUUAGUUCAUGUAUUCCAGUUAAUUUGGAUUUGUUUUGUCCCUUGAUUUACAUAAAUAAUUAUAUAGUUACAUGUAUAUGACGAGAUGUAAACCUUAUUGUUGUGUGUUCAUUUAACCUCUGAUGUCAGAUGCUUACUUGUUGGAUAUUAUAGUCUCUCACGUCAUCACACGGACUAGUGCAACUGAUACCAAUACACCAAACACUGAAUAUCUUGUUGCACGCUAUAAGUUUAUUAUACAUCAUCACAACAGGACAGAGUAAUGUAUACCGUUGUUACGCACUGACUUGUACUGGGAGAAAUUAAUCUCCUAUUUUAAUUUUAAUUGGCUCGUUGUAAGCAGUGCCUAACAAAGGACGAUACCAUAGAAUCAACAAUAUUAAAGAUAUGACCCAAAACAGUUUCUAGUUACAAUUAAUUAAAAUUUAUUAUGUCUUAAGAUAAUUACAAAAUAAAAUAAAAUUACAAUCUUCAACUUACAGUAUGGUAGAUCUCGUACCGGUACAAAGUUAAUACAAUUAGAAAUAAUGAUGCCAAUAAAUAAUGCGAAAUAAACACAUAUAAGUAGGAGCACACAAAUACACAAAGAAUAAAACACGCCUCGUAAUGUUAAGAAAAUCUAUCAGACAUUUCGAGAAAAAUCCCAAUCAUUCUACCAAAUACUAUUUGGAACAGAUUAAUUAUUUUUAUUCGUUGGCGGCGUAAACAAGAAUACAUCAAAGACCUAAGCCACACCCCUUUGUGAACACAGCGUCUCAUGCGGGGUCAAUCAGAGGGCACGCACGAGAAAUAUUAUGUAAACAAGCUCUCUAUAACACCGUACUAACAAUCCAAUUCAUUAAACAAAUCUAGGUACUUCCCUAACAAUACAUCCAACCAAAAUCCUCAACACACACAAUAAGCCACACCCUGAAUAUCCUAAAAUGGCCAUCAAUGCAUGAUAACAACAAAACUAACACAUCAUUUCCCCCUACCCAAAUGCGUCACAAAUAUCUCACACAAUAGACACAGCCACACACAUAAUCUCUACACUAAACAUCUUUUCCAUACCAAAUAUGUUAACAGUGAUUCUCAUACCCUUGACAGUAUAGUAUCAAAAUAUGAUAAAAAUAAGUACAGUUAUUAUUUACAUAUUUAUGGAUAGCUAUAGAGCAGGUCUGCACAACUCAAAAUGUAAGGCAGGCUGUAAUACUUUAUGAAAAACUUGUGGGGGCGAAAGAAAAUAGGACAGGGGAAAAUCUAUUAAUAAAAGUGAAUUUUCGUUUCUUCACAGGCCGGAAAGUGGGUGCUGCUGUUUUUUCAGGCCUGCUACAGAGUAUACUGUUUCCUAUAAAUAUUAAUUAAUAGUAUAGUCUUUUUUUUGUAUAGACAUAGGUCAGUAUAGUAUUACUUACUUAUGCCUUUUACCCUGUCUGAGGCAUAGGUCAUUGUUACGCACUGCAGUCUAUUGGGAGAAAUUAAUCUCUUAUUUUAAGUUUAUGGCUCGUUCUAAACAGUGCAUAACAAAAGACGAUACCAUAUUGGAAAUAAAAUAGCAAAAGAAUACAACACUCAAAACAGUGCUAACUACAAUUAAUAAGUUUUAUUAAGUUACUGAUAGAUUAUAAAAUAAAAGAAAUAUAAUUAAAAUCAUUAACCUACAGAGUAUUGUGUUUCUUCUACCGGUACAAAAGUUGAUGAAAAUUACAAUGUGCCAAAAGAAGAUACAACGAUGAAUAGGAAUUCACACAUAUAAGUAAACACAGCUCUAUCAAGAAUAUCACACUAUCAAAAUAAACUUUUGUCUAUUGUCCUGUAAUGUAAAAAAAAAAUCUCUUGUGGUAAAAUGCUCUCUCGCUUUUAUAGUCUGUUCUACUAAAACAUCUAGAACCGCCUUACACAUUGUUUUCCUUUCCAGUUCACUCCCGACCUUUCCAUAAAAUUCUAUUAGAGCAGACGAUUCCUUUUAUUUAGUUGGUAGUAAACAAGGCCAAGAGACUAUUUUUAGCUAGCCACACUUUAAAUGAGGCGUUGAGCUAGUUUGUUGUCUGCUAGAGUUCACAGCAUGGGGAAAUAUGACGUAAAGACAUCGUCUACAUAACACCAUCUAAAAGAAUUUUCCAUUUAUCUUGGUCCAAUGCUUUCCUUUCCAGUUGCCUUUAUCCCAUUCUUUGCGUGUCUGCCUCUAGCUACCGUCUCCAUGUAUUCUUAGGCCUUCCUCUCUAUCUUUUUCCCUGCGGAUUUCGUGUUAGGAAUUGCCUGAUGAUGUUAUCUGGGGGUUUUUGGAGAGUGUGCCCUAUCCAUCUCCAUCUUUUCUUUAUAAUGUCUUCAGCAAUAGGCACUUCAUAUGUUCUUCCCUUUAUGCCUUGUUGGUGAUGAUGUUUGGCCAUUUGAUGUUCAGGAUCUUUUUAAGGUAAGUGUUGAUGAAGGUCUGUACUUUCUGCGUAAUGCUCGCUGUUGGUCUCCUAGCUUCGUCUUCAUAGAGUAGGAUUGUUUUGACAUUUGUGUUAAAGAUUCGGACUUUGGUUUGCAGUGGCAACUCCUUUGACUGCCAUAUUUUCUUUUAUAGCACAAAUGCCAAUUCUAGCCCUGACAACCUCGCCAGGGAUACCAUUUUUGACAAUGGUGCUGCCUAAGUAUGUGAAGGACUCCACCUCUUCCAGUGCAUUGCCUGCCAGAGAGAUAUAUUCUUGGCUGGUUGAGUUUACCUGCAUAAUCUUUGUCUUGCUUUUAUUUAUAUUCAUUCAGUUGUUCCCAGGGAGUCCACUGCAUCCCGUUCCUCUUUUUGUUUGUGGAUUUUUUCAAUAUCCAGUCAGUGGCAAUGAUGAAUAGGAAAGGUGGACAUGAGAAAUCCUUCUCUGACUCCUGUUUUCACUUUUAAGGCAUCUUUGAGUCUACCUUUGUGUACCAUCUUGCAUGUCAUUUCUUCAUAAGAACUCCAAUGAUCCUGACUAGAUUUCCUGGUACCCCAUAGUAAUGGAGAAGUUUUCACUAGUUUUGUCAGUCCAGGCUAUUAAAGACCUUUUUGUAGUCGCUAAAAUUUAUAUAUAGGGGGGUGGGGGGAGGCAUUCCAUUUGAUUGACUGUUCUACAAUGAUUCGUAGUGUUGCCAUAUGAUCUGUUUUUGCGGAAGCCAGCCUGUUGAUCUCAUAGGUGUGUGUCAACCUGGUCCUUCAUUUUAUUCAAAAUAAUUCUAUAAAAGACCUUUCCUGGUACAGACAGCAGUGUGAUUCCCCUGCAGUUUGUACAGUUGCUGAGAUCCCCUUUCUUUGGUAUCUUGAUGAGGUAUCCUUCUUUUGGAACUCUCUCUUCUUCCCGUAUCUUUUCAAACAGAGUGGGCAGCAUGUUGGCUGAAGUAUCUAUGUCUGCUCUCAUUAUCUCUGUUGUGAUGUUGUCCGGUCCUGACGUUUUUGUUAUGUUGAGCUGUUUGAUAGCCAGGGCUGUUUCUUCCUUAUCUGGGGCACUUUCUUCUAAUUGUAAGUCUUCAUUUGUGGGUUGUAUGUCUGGUGUAUCGGUGGGUGGAGGUCUGUUUAGCAAAUCCUUGAAGUGUUCCAUCCAUCUUUUUUGUUGUUCUUUCCUUUCCGUUAUUGAUCAACCUUCCUCAUCUUUAACUGGUCUCUCUGCAUUUUUAUCUUCCUGAGAGCUUUCUUGUUAUAUCAUAGAGCUCAUCUUUUUGCUCAUACAUCUUGAAGAGACCUUUACAAUUUUCUUGCUAAUACAGAUAUGAUCGAUUUGCUUUUGUGUUUUGCUAUCAGGGGACACCACAAGUUACCUUGUGGGUAUUCGUAUGCUGGGCUUUGCUGACCCCAAUAACGAGCUCAUUUGCUGCGCAGAAGUCUGUCAGUCUUUCACCGAUCUCAUUCCUUUCUCCUAUACCAUGGCGCCCUGAAGUCUGCCAGUCUUUCAUCGAUCUCAUUCCUCUCUCGUAUACCAUGGCGCCCCAUAAUUUCUUCGUAAUCAUUGUUUUUUUCCAAUACUAGAUCUUUUCCUGGAAAUUUUUCCAGUAUUGCUUGUUAUUUAUUGUAGAAAGCUUCUUUUUUGUCUUCCUUAUUAUUGUUGGUGGGAGCAUAGCACUCCAUUAAACUCAAAUCACUGCAUUACAUUCAUAUUUAUUUUCUUCUUCUUGGUUUGGAAAGUUGCUGUAAUAAUUCUUGACCCAUGGACUUCCCAUCCUAUCAAUGCCUCAUGGGCUUCCCAUCCUAUCAAUGCCUCAUGGGCUUCCCAUCCUAUCAAUGCCUCAUGGGCUUCCCAUCCUAUCAAUGCCUCAUGGGCUUCCCAUCCUAUCAAUGAGUUAUUGGCUUCCCAUCCUAUCAAUGCCUCAUGGUCUUCCCAUCUAUCAAUGCCUCAUGAGCUUCACAUCAUUUCAAUGCCUCAUAGUCUUCCCAUCCUAUCAAUGCCUCAUGGGCUUCCCAUACUAUUAAUGCCUCAUGGGCUUCCCAUCCUAUCAAUGCCAUAUGGGCUUCUCAUAAUAUCAAUGCCUCAUGGGCUUCCCAUCCUAUCAAUGCCAUAUGGGCUUCCCAUAAUAUCAAUGCCUCAUGGGCUUCCCAUCCUAUCAAUGCCUCAUGGGCUUCCCAUACUAUCAAUGCCUCAGGAGCUUCUCAUCCUAUCAAUGCCCUUUGUGCCAUCCCUGCCAUGAUGAAAGCAACUCAUUGUGUGUGUGUGGAGCAUGUUACUCCUCAUGCCUUGAGUUUAUUAGUGUUUCUCCUGAGGCCAAAGUUAACUGUCUGGCUUGCGUCCAUCUUCUUUCACAGAUGCCUAGCAGUAUGGAUUUGUAUGUUCUCAUUUCUGCCACCAUUUGUGCUGAUUUUGUCUGUUCCAUACAUGGUUCUUACAUUUCAAGGGCCUAUGGUUAUUGCGUUUGAAAGGAGGGUCAUCGGCUUCAAGGCUUCCAGUAUAACCUUGGCUGCAACUAUUCUUGGGGAAGAAGAGUCCUCUCUUAUCAGGACUGAAAUGGUUUUGUUUUUUAUUCUUGUUGACAUUUCUGUAGCAGUUUGUCUUUUACAGGUGAGGUAACUGGCCUCACACCAACCCUCCUCCUAGCUGGCCUCCCACCAGCCCUCCUCCUAGCUGGCCUCCCACCAACCCUCCCCCUAGCUGGCCUCACACCAACCCUCCUCCUAGCUGGCCUCCCACCAACCCUCCCUCUAGCUGGCCUCAGACCAACCCUCCUCCUAGCUGGCCUCCCACCAAUAGAGUAUUAUUACUACUAAUUACUAACAAUAGUAUUUAGUAUUAGGCUAAUUAGGUCUUUUAGUUAGGACGUAAUUUAAGUAUCUAAUAGUAAUAAGGCCUAUUUUAAAAUAAUAUUAUAAAUAAAAAAUAGUUGUAAAAUUAUUGACAUAACUUAAUUAGUCUGUCUAUGACUUGGUUAAGUAAUAUAUAAAUUUGCCUAAACAAAUCUUUAUGAAGAAGCAACAAAUGAAAAAAUAAGACCCCAACAUCAUCAUUUUCAUAGUAAUUAUAUUUUUAUAAGGACAUAGAAAAACAGUUUACAUAGACAAAUAUUUAAUAUUUAUAAUAAAAUUAAAAAAAAACAGGAAUACAUUUUAAUAAACACAAAACUUGAAUAAUGUUAAAAAGAAAUUUUGUAGAUUCAGGAUUAUCAGUAGAUGUUAUUUCUAGAGUCUGUUUAAGGUACAAGAGAAAAUGUUAAUUUUCUUUGAGGAACUGGUAAUUCCUUCCAUUGCUAAUGAGACAAUUUUGGACGUAUAUGGCAAAGACAAAGUUAUUGAAAGAGAGAGGUGUGGGAUUCAUCAACAAGACAAAGAAGUCUGCAGGGCAGUCUCCCCAGAAAAUGACAGACAGACCAUCCUCAUUACCUUUUAAUCACAUACCAGUGCACUCUUAUCAAUAGUAAUCUUAUGGGGGCUUUUAUUAUUUUAUAAUUCAUAAUUUCAUGCUUUCAAUUUUAUUUUUUUAAAUGCUUUUUACUUACCUUUUCUAAAUAUUAGCAUUGAUUUAAAAUUUAACUGAAGCAUAUCUCAAUAAAAUACAAUGAACAACUUUAAUUUUAAAAAUUUUGUCUCUAUAAGUAAUAAUUUUUUCCAAUUUUUCUUUUCAGGAUUUUUUUAAGUACCUCAUAUAAAAUGAUCAGAAAUAAAAAGUCUUUGUUAUGUAAAAGUUUGUUUUUUUUGUUCAUUGUGUUUUAUAUUGCAUUGCGAAUGUUGCAUGAAAAUUUGGUAGCAUUAUCUUUUAAAAUGAAAAUAGUUAGCAUAAUAAUGCAGAAAUUUGGAAAGCCUGUCACAAGUUCUUGUCAUUAAGUACCAAGAAAAAAAAAGGGGGUAUAAAAAUUCCCCCCAAAAAUCAUAACUCCAAUUCUAUAAAAGUUAGAAAGAUGAAAUUGAUGUUUUUAUAAAGCUUUUAGCUAGCCCUUUAAAAUGAUGUAUCAUUUAUGGCCAUAGGACAGUAUUUAAACUUUCUGUUUAAGUACUUAAUAUAAUUACUUUGUUCCUCAGAUAAUUUAUUACAACUGAAGAAGAAGCUGAAUAAUGGGGAAAAGCAAAAACUUGAAACAGCAUCAAAGACAAAUCAAGAAGUGAUCAAACUAAUUUUAUAACAAUUUUUUCUUUUCUGUUUUUUUGGAAAAUCUUCAGUUCAUGAAAAUUGCUUAGGUUUUAAAAAAAGAUAAUGAGCAGUUAUUUUUUCUUAUUUCUUUAAACAUCUGUGGGAUAAAAAAUAAGUCAGACUAAUUUAGUCUUUUCUUCCAUUUAAUUAAAUUCUCUUAGUAAGUAUAUAAUCAUGUUUUUGUGUGUUCUUCUUUUACAAGAUUGCAUCUCUGGAAACUCAGCUGGCUAAAAUUCGGUCACAGGUUGAAAAAGGUGAAGCUGUGAGACAGAGUUUAGAAUAUGAGCUAGCCAAAAGUCAGAGGGAUGUUAACCACAUUCAGCAAGUAGCUAGAGAAAAGGAGAACAUCCUUUUGGCUGGAACAGAUGAUUUAAAAAGUAUGUUGACUUUUUGUAUUAAAUUGAUUUAAAGUCUUGAAUUUAAUAUUAUUAUUUUUUAAAUUAAUUGAUUUUGAUUCAGAUUUUUUUUAAAUUAUUUAAAAUUCAACAGAAAAAAUUGUGGAUCUUAGCGAUGAAGUGAAACGGCUUCAAAAGUCACUACAAUCUAUCCAGGAUUGUUCCCAUGAGCAGGAAAAUAAAUUAAAAGAAAAUCUGCAAGAAACCAAGCAGAAAUUGAUUCAUGCACAAUCUGAGUUAAGCAAUGCUAUAAAUGAGAACGAAAAACUUAAUGAAUUAUGCCAGCAACAUUCCAGGUACGAAAAGUAAAUUCCAUUUUUCAGUGGCAGCGUUCUUUAUGUUCCAAUGUGAUUCAAAAUAUUAAAAUAAUACUUUUAAAAAUAAAAUACUAGCUUUUAAUAAAUAAUGUCAUAAUACUAAAACUACUCCGAUUUUUUAACAAUUUUAACUAUACUUAUUAAUUUGUAAUAUUUGUUUGGGCGACUAUAUAUUAUCUGUUUCUGUGUUAUUUCAGACUAAUCUCCGAAUUGAACGAAAAUCUUCAGGAAUUUGAAAGUAAAAAAAAUUUUGUUUUCUCAUUUAUUUUUUAAAAUCAAAGUUUGAAUUGUAAAAGCAAUUAAUUUUAGAGCUCCUUUCUUAUAUUGUUGUUAAUGCAUUAUAAAUAACUAAGUAAUGAUUAUUUGUAAAUAUUUAAUUAUCUUAAGAAUAAUCAUUAAUUGUAACAUCUUGAAAAUUACUCAAUUUUAAAAAAGGAAAAAAAUUUUAAAAAUAUAAAAUUAAUUUUAAACAACCAAGUAGUUCAUAGGUUUAUAUAUUAUUGAUUCAUGUGUUCCUUUUCUUCAGUGUGAAACUGAGUACUUUGAUUAAAAUAUAUGUAUCUUUAUUUAAUCUUAAAGCCAUGCUUUUUAAAAUGACAAUAAAAUGUUAACUAUAAUAUCCCUUAAGCAAAAUUUCAGUGAUAAUUUAAUUUACAAAGCUAAUUUUAACUUUCUAUAAAGCGCUACUCAUUAUCUAAAACACACAUAGCUAAUUUUUUAUUUUAGACCUGAGAAAAUAAACUCAGAUAAAUAUUUUUAAUGUACAUUGAAUGAUGUAUAAAAUGCUGUACUAUUUAGCUGGCAUUUUAAAAUCCCUUGUAAAAUAAUUAUUUUUUGUUAUUCUGGAAUGAAUUAUGACAGGUGUUUGGGGUGGGGGGGGGUGUUUUGGGGGAGUGUUGUCUUGUCAUAAAUUUUCUCUCAUGUUUUAUGGCUUUCUUGGGUGGGUUGGAUACGAAUAAAUUUUAAUUUUUUUUUAAACUCCAUUUUGGUCACUCAUGUUGCCCUGCAAAAAUAUUUAUUUUUCAAAAGUUUUAAAAUAUUCAAAGGAAAAGCUUUUCAAUUUAAUAAAACAAGUGAACUUUUUUUUAUUGACUUUUAUAUGUGUUUUGCGAAUUCUGGAAAUGCUAAAAGUAAAAUAAAGAAGAUAGCAUGUAUGUAAUAAUGAUUUCUUGCCACAUUAUUCUAUUAACCUAAUAAUAAACGAAUCAGUUCAUAUUUAUGUUUUUAAUUCAUAAUAGAUGACAAAAGAAAUUCACUAGAAAGUCUCAGGCUAGCUACUGCUGAAAUUGAAUAUGCUAAAGAGCGAGAUGCUAUGACGAGGUCUGAAUUGGAAGUAAGUAACAGAAUAAAAUUAUUUUAAUAGUUCAAAGACAAUUUUAAUGUUUGUUAUCACUUACCAUGCAAUUUGAUAAUAAUAAUAAAUAAAUAAAUUAUCAAAUUGAUUUAUAAUCAAAGGUAAUUCCACUUUUAGUACUAUAAUGUUUUAAAAAUGUAAUUUAAUUAUACAUUUAACAGUUUUUAAUUAUAGAUUUUAAGAUAUAAUGUAUACAAUUUUUAAUAAUAAUACAACUAAAUCAAAUUAUAACACCUAUUUAAUAUGCUACAAUCUUUUUGCAGGCUGCUUUAUCAAGAAUAAAGAUUUUAGAAGAAAACAUUGAAGCAGAGAGAAGUGCUCAUCUAGAAACCAAAUUUAACUCUGAGAUAGUACAGGUGGGUGGACAUUCUUAGAUUUUAGAUAAUGAAAAUAAUUGGGCAAUUCAAAAAUUGUGUAUUCAGGUGUACAAAUAUUUUUGUGAAAACAUGGUUAAAUAGUCUGACCUUUAAAAUUCUCAAUAGCUGCGUGUCAGAGAUUUGGACAGUGCUAUAGAUGUUGAGAAGUCUGCAAAUCGGGAAGCAAACAAAGCUGUUGAAAGACUGGCACAGCAAUGCAGGUAAAUAAAUGCUAUAAAUUCUUUUGGGGUACUGAUAAAAAUAGAAAUCAUUUAUUGAGUAAAAACAACACCAAAACAGAUUAUAAAAAAAAAAAAUUAUAUGAAUUCAAAAAUCAACAGCUUAAAUUAAAUUAAUUUUUUUUUUUCUCAAGGGAGCUAGAACGUGUUUAUGAAGAGGAAAGAAAACUAAAGAAAGAGGCUGCUCAAAAAUUAGACAAGUAAGUGAUUUUAUCAUAAUUUGGUGUGUUGCUUUAUUGAUGUUCAUGAACUUUAUAUACUGUAUAAAGUAUAAACGAAAUACACUAUAUACACUAUAAUAUUAUUAUGAUUGUUUCACCAUAUUGAUCUGUUUACUUAUUUAUCGAGGUACAAUUGGCCUUGAUUGCAUCAAGUUUCAAUUGGGAAAAGGUUAUUUACAUUUGAAUACGCUCUAAUUUGUUCCAAAGAAUGCUAUCAGCUUAUGGAAUUUGCAAAAUUUCUUUUCUGGAGGGUUGUAACUCCCUCCCUUUUAAUAAGCCAGCAGAUUUUCCAGCAGGAAGGGAUUUUUUGGUAGAUUUCCUAGACACUAGACAUUAAAUAUUAAUAGGAGCUAUACAAGAUUUUACUUUGUGUGUUGUGUAUAUUAAUAUUAGUAUCUUUCACCGAUUGUACUCUUCCCUUGCUGUGAUGUAAGUGAAUUAUAGUUUUUAUUUCUGUCUAUUUGAUUUUGUAUUUGUUAUAAAUUUAAUAGUAAAAUUAAAUUGAAUAUUGUUUAUGUCACAAGCUUUGGUAUCGUUUAUCUUUCUAUACUGGUUUGUAACUGUAUAUAACAGUACAUAACAAAAUCUAAUCCAAUUUUUAUGGAUAUAAUUAUGUACAAAUUAUUAACUUGAAAUUAAAAAGAAUACCAGACAUAGUAGUUUUUGGUAAGAAUUACAUAAACAGAUUUUUUAUAAUGGUACCAACCAAAAUUUUCUCAAAGUUACGACUAUGCGUAACACUAGUACAAAAGUAUUGGGCACCAACACUCUGCUUCCAUAUUUUGAUAUUUAGACAGUACCUCAUUGAUAGCUUACCGAUUUCAAAGGUCACUUUGAAUGGACCAAUGGGAUUUAAGUUUAAUUUAAAACAACUUUGAAUUUUUUCAAAGAUGUAAACAAUGUUCCUAUGCUAUCACUUUGCACAUGUGCUUAAAACAUGUCAUUUCCUAUAGGCUUGGUCAAAUAAAUCAGUUGUGGUGAAAUGACUUUGUUUGGUGGGUUAGUGGGGACAACUCUCAUAUACGUUUAUCACCAGCUCAUUUCUAGCAGUUUUAUGUUUUAUCAAAUUCUCACACUAAGGGACAUAAUUAUCAACAUAUUCAGUUAUCCCUAAAUAUCAAAGAAUCAAACACAAUUUUAAAAUUAAAUAAACUUAUUUAUUUACAUGAAUUCAAAUAAGAUCCAUUAUAGCUCAGGAUGUGGAAUAAAAUUGGUUAUAAAUUAUGUGUAGUUUCUAUAGAUUAUGAACAUUGGCCUCCCGUAAUGCCUAACAUUCAUCAUAAUAGUCGCUUUGCUUUGUAUCAGAGCUCUCUGCGAUCAGACUUUUAAAACUCAACUUAUACAUCUAAAAUGGUUCUGAUGAUUGGACUUGAUUAAUCAAUUGUGAGGUUACUUCAGUUUAUGAAGUGGUUUCUCCAGUCCUUUUCUUUGAUGCUUCUCAGGGCGUUAACGAAAAAAGACAACAUAGCCGUACAUUGCGGAAUAGCUUUUUUCUUGUACUUUGUGAUGUGUGAGGACUUUCCAGUGAUGCAUCUGUUGAGGAGGCUUAAGUCCUAUCAGCAUGCUGUCCUAUGGAGGCAGGCUAAGGGCUUGGUCUUCCUCAAUCCAGCUGUUAAGGUGCUGUGAUUUCUUGCACUGUGGCAAUAUGGAAAUAUAGUAACCAGGCCUUAACCAACUCGCUAGGUUUAGAAAUUGGCUAAAUCCCUAUCAUGUGCUAAAUGAGACCUAUGAAUUUAAUAUUUAGAUGCGCAUUAAGAUCUCCACAGACUAACAACAGUUCACCCGUGGCAAAAAGGUGGUUGGGGUGUAAAGGGUGGGGGGGGUGGUCUGUUGGGUAGUGAGCGAUUCACGUGGACAAAAAUCAAAUGGGAAUAAUUUGUGUAGAACUCAAAAGGUGGGGGAGGAGGGGUGCAUUCUCAGGGGGGGGGGGGGGGGGGGGGGGGGGGGGGGGGGGGGGGGGGGGGGGGGGUCUGUUGGGUAGUGAGCGAUUCACGUGGACAAAAAUCAAAUGGGAAUAAUUUGUGUAGAACUCAAAAGGUGGGGGAGGAGGGGUGCAUUCUCAGAAGGAGUUUUGAAUAUAUUGAAAUUUGAAUGCAAGCCUUAUAACGUCACAUCAGUAUACUAUUGAAAAAAUUCUUCAGUAUGUUGACAAUGUCUUAUAAUGAUUUAGCCUUGCUUAUUAUUUCAUGAAAAUUUUUUAUUUGUGUUUCAAUUGGUUUAUGAUUCAGGAUGGAUAAAGAGUACACAUCAAUGAGGAGACAGUUAUUGCUAGAAGUGGAGGACAAGAAAUCUGUUAUAGUUAACUUAUCUAGAGAGCUGGAGACUCACCAGAAAAACUUCAAUGAGCUGAAAUCUGAGCUCACUAAGGUAAAGACACACAAAAAUGUGGAAAUGUAAAAUGAGCAUACUGUCAUAAUGUGUCAUUGGUGCUUCAACAGGAUUAACUUUUGAACCAAUUCGCUGAUUACUUUAAGGAAUAAUUCACUAUGCACGUUGAGAAAAUGUUGUUGGUAAUCUUUUGCAACAUUUAGUAUGUGGAUUCUUAAAGAAGUGGGUUGGAUGUAGGUUUAACUUUCUGUACUCAAGGGCAGUGAUGUGCAGCCCCAUUGAAGACUCAUUGUGUUAUCAAGAUCCCAUAACACCAUAUCAAUGAAACAAUUGAAGAGUAUAUAAAAAUAUGAUUGUCUGAGUAGGUUAUGAAAUGUCUUGAGACUUGUACAAAUCGAAUAAUGUUGCUAAACAUUGUUAUUUCCAAAUCACUUUCAGGCUAAGAAACGGCAACAGUUUCUAGAGGAAACCUACGAGGGAUCUAUUAAAGAGCUGGAGUUUCUUUUACAGACGUUUCAUUUUGAAGAUAAAAAGCUAAGUAGGUCGAUUUAGGUUGUGAAAUCUUUGAAUUUCCUGGUCCCCAAUAAAGUCUUACUCUUUAGUUCAAUUUUUGUGCGUCUGCUUGAGUUAAGUUUUCAUCUGUUACUCAUGACCAGGACAAGCAAGACAAGGGGAAGCCACCAGUGUGUCUAAAGGAAAGAAGGUUGCCAACCCAAGCAUUGUGGUGGAGAGUUUUAAGCAAAUGCUGGUUCAGAUGAAGAAAAAAUUAGAUGCACAAGCUGAAGAGGUACACUGUGUAGUUUACAAUACUUUUCUUCAUCAAUUAACAUGUGUGUUGAUGCAAGUGCUUUCAUUACAUUGUUUAUUGAGUUAAUGGAGUAAUUUUCACUGAAAUCUUGUCUACCAAACAGCGACAAUGAUUCCAAAAACUGUAUUUACUUUUAUUUUGCAGCUUGUUAAAUCCAAGAAGGGAAUUGAUAAACUUACAAAGGAGCUUGAGUCAUGUAGAGAACUGAUCAAGACAAAAGACAAAGCCCUUGAGGUUUGUUGGACAGUUUGUUUUUGUGAUUAGAGUGGAUUGAUCAUACAAGAAUUACCUGUCUUAUUAACUUGGUCAAGAUGAUGGCAAAUUUUCAAUUAUACUUUUUGGAGGCCUAAUAUUAAUUACAUAUGCAAAUACUGACAUAAAAUAAUUUCAAAUAUGAGUUUCAAACUAAAUCUGCAGCUUUGUUUCAGUGUUAAUUUUAUUUUCAUGAGAAAAGCUCGAUACAUUCAUAAUUGUUCACCAUUAGGAUGCUCAGAAAUCACACUCCAAAGCAGUGCAAGAUCUGCAGAAAACAAGAUCUAAUUACACAGAACUUGAAACAACUAUUGGUAAACUUAAGACAAGUCUCCAGAUUAACACAAACAACCAGGACAAAGACAGAACUCGCAUUCAGGAGUUAAGUGAAGAGGUUAGAAAUUUGGGCUUUUCUUAAGUAGUAUUGUAAUGGAAAGGAAAAAAAGUAAAAUUUAAUAUUUCAUGUGUACACAAUCAGGUAGCAAAAUUUUAAAAAUCCUCCUGAGUUGUUGAGUUUUGUUUUUCAAAGAAAGCAAUUACAGGUACUGGUUUAACUACAAUUACAGGCACUGGUUUAACUACAAUUACAGGCACUGGUUUAACUACAAUUACAGGCACUGGUUUAACUACAAUUACAGGCACUGGUUUAACUACAAUUACAGGCACUGGUUUAACUACAAUUGCAGGCACUGGUUUAACUACAAUUACAGGAACUGGUUUAACUACAAUUACAGGCACUGGUUUAACUACAAUUACAGGCACUGGUUUGACUACAACUACAGGCACUGGUUUAACAGUUUAACUACAAUUACAGGAACUGGUUUAACUACAAUUACAGGCACUGGUUUAACUACAAUUACAGGGACUUGUUUGACUACAAUUACAGGCACUGGUUUGACUACUUUACAAUUACAGGCACUGGUUUGACUACAAUUACAGGCACUGUUUUGACUACUUUACAAUUACAGGCACUGGUUUGACUACUUUACAAUUACAGGCACUGGUUUGACUACUUUACAAUUACAGGCACUGGUUUGACUACAAUUACAGGCACUGGUUUGACUACUUUACAAUUACAGGCACUGGUUGACUUACAUGCAGAAUAUAAUACAUCAAAAUUGAUUUUCAGAUAAUGAAGUUAGUCAAGCGUCGGAAAACUGAAGAAGAGGUAACCAGUUGUUUCAAUCUUAGAAAAAAAUUCAUAAAUCUGUGAUGGAAAUGAAUUUGAGGAAAAAAGUUUUUAUUUAAGUAUUUCUUAACAAAAAUUAAGGCAAUUUUUUUUAACCAUUGAAAUCAGUUAUUUUAAAUGUAUGCAAUAACUUUUACGCUUUCUCCAGGAUAGGAUGGUAUUUUUACAAGAACUUUAUCAAUUACUUAACUCAAGUCAACUUUGCUCAUUACAUGAGAAAAAGUUCAACCAGUUUUCCUGGGAUGAUCUUAAAGAUGUGGUGUUUGAACAAGUCUCAAGUCUGAUUGACUUGCUGCAGACAACUGAUGGAAAGGUUAGUGUGAUGACGUAUUGUCCUUAUCCACAUAAGACCAACAUUAAUCUGAUGAGUUCUCCUUUUUAUAACUUGCUGCCUUCUUUUAAUAAGUUUUCCAAUGUAUUUCUGAAAUAUUUAUUUACAGUUAAAAUCCUAUAACACAAUGAUGCGUGAACAUCAAGACAUAAUAACUGAGCUAAAACAGACCCACACCGAUCAAAUCAGCAGACUAACAAACACAGUUCGAGAAAAGGAGCAAUCUUGGCAGAGGCAAAGAGAAGAGUUAGAGCAGCAUUAUAGUCAAAUGCUCAAUGACUUGCAGUCAAGAUCAAAGGUUUUUAUACAUUAUAUCCAUUCAAUUUUUGUCUUGCAGCUUAAAAAAAGAACUUCUUUGAUGUCAAAUCUAAAUAAUAAAUGUCAAGAUGAAGACAGUUUAAACUGGUGCUUCCAAUUUUGGUCAAUAUUCCUAAAUUCGCUUUUUCUUUGUUUAACAACACACCACUCAAACAUGAAUUUAGUCAAAAUAUUCUAAAAAGUCAAGCUUGAAUCUAAUCUUUAGUCUAGGAUGUCAUAUUGGCAAGUACUUAUCUUAAUCAUUAAAUAUUUUAUGUAUUUACCUACACGACUGGAAAUGGAGUUUUGAAUAACCAUUUUGAGUAAUGAAGGAAAAAGUUUAAGAACCAAUGGUUUAUGAUAAUAGUAUAAUAGAUUUCUUUUAUUGUCCUGUCCUAUUUAUAGCUUCUACAUACCUCGUUCUUCAAUUUUCUUAUAAGAAAUUGAAUAUAGUUUUAUAAUUAGGAAUAUAUAUAUAAAAAACAACAACUUUGUAUUGUCAGAAAGAUUAUAAAAUGUUAUUGGUUGUUUCAAUGUUAUCUAGCCGUUAAAAAAUAAUUAAGAAAAUAUCAACAGUUCUUAAUAGCAUAGGAUUUUCAUAAACAAUAAAUUAUUUUUUGCCACCAGAAAACACAAGCCAUUGCAGACCAAGCUUGGGAGAAAGUCAGAGCUACAGGCAAUGUCCAGCAGGGUCUGGAAUCAGAGUUACUAGAGCUCAGACGUCAGCUAGCAGAGUCUCAGGUUGUUACAGUUGUACCAUUGUUGGCUUUUGUUUCAAUGAACAAUGUCACAGCAAUUUAAGAAUGCAAAAUUAUUCACUAAAUCUCUAGGUUUCUAAGCUCAUGUACUAUCCAGAUUUGUUUUAUCAUCUUAUGUUUAAUAUAAAACUUAAAAUGAAGAUUGAUCAGAUGAACUGUUAAAAAAACAUAUUUCUCUCACAAACACAGAUAACUAGCUCUUCCCUCCUGUCAGCGUGUGCUUUGCUUAGUGGAGCUCUCUAUCCUUUGUACACAAGAGCAUCACUGCUUUCAUCUGAACGACAUAUACUGGAAGAACUGUAUUCUAAGUGGGAAAACUGCAGAGACAGAGGUAUUUAUCUCAGCUGUGUGCUUAGCUCUGGUAAAGAGAGUGACCAGGACACACCAAAGGAUACAAAAAUACUUAUAAAAAAACAUCCACUUCUGAAGUUCAGAGUCGGUGUUAUUACUGUUCUUGCCGCGAACCGACUAGCUUUCCUUGGAAGAGGAUUCCCCAGUUGUUUCGUCACAUACUCUUCUACUAUAGGACAUGCAGGUCUGAGUUUUAAAACUGGAACCCAAGAACAAAAACAUCUAAAGUUUUCAGGUAAUAAACCAAAAUAUAAUUUUAAUAAGUCUUGUUAUAUUUUACUCUUAUUUUGUUUUAAAAUAAUUAAAACUAUUUAUCAUAAAGGUUUGUAAUAGAUAAUAAAUGAACUAAAUCCAUAUUACUAUGCAUAGCUUAACAUUUUUAAAUUAAAUGAUAUUGAGCUGAGCGCAUUUAAAAAAAAAAUAUUACACAUUUUAAAAUGUUGCAAAUUGUUUCAAAUACAGCACUAAAAAAAAUCUUAAUCUGCGCCACUGAUAAACGAUCCAGUGGAUUUCAUGUAUCAUUUGCUUUCAGUUAAUAGUGUUGUCACAUUAAGCACACCUAACAACAGAGGUGCAAGAAAUACAUAAUUGUGAAUCAUUGAUAAUUUUACUUUAGUUCUCCGAGUCCUUCUUUAAACCUAUUGCACAAGAUUUUGAUUGAGAUAAAAUGAGUGUCUACAUACUCCACAGAAAUCUCUAAGCACUUGAUAGACAUCUCACAUUCUUCCUCUCUUAAAUCUCACAAAAAUUGAUUAUUUUGUUAUUUAUAUCUGGUGAGAUUUUUAAGUGACUUUUUAAGCAAAUUUUGGCUCAAGAGUUGUUUCAAAACACACUUCUGAAAAAGAAAUAGAAAUGACAAGGGAAAUUACCUUUCUAUCUUAUUUUCUUAAGGUUUGGUUGGAUUAGAAGAAGAAGACAACAGUUUUAUAUCCAGUUCUUCCACUGAGCAAGCAAAUAACUUGACCUCAUGGUUAAAUAGUCCAACUCUGCUUCAGACUAUACUAGCAAGUAUGACAGAGCUGCAGGAAGUCACACAAGAAAACAAAUUGUGUAUGAAUAUUUUUUAGCGAACAAGUUUGUAAGAACAUGUCUACUGUUAAUUCUUUGUUUAGUUGGUCAUAUCAUUACCUAAUUACAUAAGUUUUAACUUAUAGUUACAAAAUAAAUAUGAUGCCAAAGCUGGACAUAGUAGGCUUCAAUAAAAUAAAAUUUAAAUAUGCUGCUUGUAAGAAUGAGCAUGAAAUUUUGGUUAGAUUUCUGGUAAUGCUGUCAGCAGUUUGCCACACAGAAUUAAUACUAAUGUUGGAUAAGAUGGAAAACUUUUAAUUUAAUUGCAUUUUCAAACAGCUAAUAGUGACUCCAGGACAAUUGUGUCGGUUGCAAGAUCAACUUUAAGUAAACUUGUUGACAGACUGUCCAGCCUUUUCCCCACUUUAACAUACCCUGCACAAAGCUCUCUACGAGACAGGUCAUCUUUGCUACGUAAACUGGAAAAAAACUUGUCACAUAUUCUUGAAAACACACCUAUAAAUCUGAAAGGAAACAUCAUUUCCUCACAGGUAAAAUUUCUUUUUUUGUUUAAAAGCAUCAAAUAAGAUGAGUUCUGUACAUCAGUAAAAUGAUUAUUGAUGUAGACUAAAUAAAAUUAAAGAAUGUAAAAUAAUUUUAUAUUAUGCAAAAUAGUUUUAUAUAAUGUUUAAACAUGUACAGUGGUCACACAUUGAUUAUGGUUUUGUGACUUUAAUCUGCUUUUAUUAUAUUAUUUUUUUUCUCCUCAAUUUUUGCAAAAAAAUUGUUAUACUUUAUUUACACUUACACAAUUUUAAAUCUUGUACAUCUUUUAAUUUUUCAAUCCUCAGGAACUUAUGAGCAAUCUCAAGAACCAUAUUUUAGAACUGACGCAGCGCCUUGAAACAGUAGAGAAAGAAAGGAGACGUCUGCUAACAGAGUUAAGUGAGCUAAAACAACAAAUAGGGGAGGAUAACUCUGGACAACAGGACACUGAAAAGGAUAAUGCAAAAGUAAGUUAUGAUGUGAUGAUCCAUUUCAAGGGGUCAUUGAAACAUUUAAGGAUGCAAAUCUUAACUGUGGAGUUAAGAUUUUAUAUCUGUACUGAUUAAGCCAUGAUAAAGAAAUUUUCCAAAUUAAAAUUUAUAAAGAAAUUUUCCAAAUUAAAAUCUAGUAAACAUGCCACUCAUUCACUCACUCAUCUAUUUUAUGUUUCAGACGACCAAAUAUGUCCCCGUUUCCAAAUUUGAAAGAGUCUGUGCAGAGCUAAGUAGUGCCCUUCGAAGGGAACAGAAAGCCCAAUCGUUGUUACAAGAACAAAGUAACCAACUAACAGAAUUAACAUCUCGACUGGACUUGUGUACAUCCGAUGAGAUACAAAAGCAGACUACCUUAAUUAGUUUGCAAGAGGUGAAAUUUCUAAUUGCUAAAAUAUUUUACUGCAAGUUAUGUUUUACCCAUGAACCAGACAGUUAAUUUGUAACCACAUGAAUAAGUGAAACAAAAAUGUUAUCUAAUAAUUAAUAACCAUAAAAAUCUCAUGUUGAAAACUAACUGGAUAGGUUGGUAGAAAUGUAAAUAUUGAUUUAAAAAAUAAUUAAUCUUCCAAUUUGAACAUAAGACAUUUGGCAUUGCUCUAUGCCAGGGGUGUCAAACUCAAUCACUCACCGGGCCAAAACUCAAAUCACAUGUAAGGUUGCGAGCCUAGCAGGAUAAACAUUCAAUAAGCGGGAAAAUUAAUAUUUAAAAAAAACAUUUAUAUAAAUGAAAAUGGAAAAAAAGUUUUAAUAAUUAAAAAUCAUUGGCAUACACAUUUUCUUGGCUACAAAAUUAAGUAAGUUCGUUUAUGUUGGAAGUAACGUUCUGUGUCAUUGAGAUUCUCAUGAUGGACUGCAAGUGUUGAUCAGUGAGACGACUCCUGUGUGAUGUUUUGUUAAUGUUCAUCACAGAAAACAGCUGCUCACACAUAUAUGUGCUACCCAACAUGCUCAAAGUUCGAGCCGCAUUUAGACGAAGCUGGGGCAUCUCUUCAGGAAUGAAACGAGUGAAUUGUGCAGGCCCAACUGUGACGUACUUUGCCUUUUGUGUCCCAUUACACUGCAGCUCUAUUAGCUCCAUCUAUAUAUUUACAGGUGCAGUUUUCACGACUAUGACAAAUGGGUUACGAAACAGCUCAAAAUUACAUUUCUAUGCGAACUCAUUGUGAAGUAAGAUAAAUUUUUCAGCAAAGUGUGAAUUGGGAAACACCAUAGCGUUGACUUGGAUAUAAUUGUACGUCAGUCAAGACCUCGCGUGCCUGAUAUAAUUGUACGGCAGGCCGGAUGUGGCCCGCCGGUCUUGAGUUAGACACAUGUGCUCUAUACACUUAUGCAACUUUAUUAAAAUUAUGUGACUUAAUUUUGUUUAGAAUUUAUUUGCUAUUUUUAGGCCCUGUCUGAGGCACAAAAGGAGUUGAGACACAAGGAACAAAGUCUUCGCCAUACUGGCAAAUUGAUAAACCGAACAGAAUAUGAGAGGAAUUCAUUGCAAAGCAAUCUGAAUGAUGCGGAAAAUGCUCUGCUUACUGCAAUCAGGUAAAAUAAUUAACCUGAAUGAAGCUGCUUGUAAAGUAGAAAUAUCUUAGUUCAAUUUCUUUCUUUAUUUUGUAAAAUACAAAAAAGUAGCUCUGCAUCAUGUCAUACAUAGCCAUUUUUACAAUAGAAUUUUGUUGUUUUACCUGCAGGGAUAAAGAAGUCCUGACUUUAUAUAUCACUAAUGUUGAAAGUGCAAUGGAGAAGGUAUACAUUUUGGUUAUAGAUUAAUACAUAUGAAGUAUAAUUAUUUGCAUGAUUAAGAUUUUAUCAAAUUAAAAGAAUUAAAUAAGCAUAUUUAGUUUUUUGUUUUGUUGAUCUUCUAUUUUAAAACUGUUUGAUAAAGGUAAAGUUUUCAAACUAAGGAAUUUUAUUUAAUUGUAUAAAAAUGAAAAGUAAAAGCAUUGUACAGACGAGACAUGAAUGAUAUUUUAUCUCUCUUAGGCCAAGAAGCAGUUUAUAAUCCAUUCUGAUCAGAAGCCACUGUCAGGAGACAUGUCAUUAUCACGUUUCCUCCUUGAUGCUGACCUCAUCCCUCAAGACAUUGGUCGAGCUGGACCAGAAUUGAUAGCCAUUCAGGUCAUUCAGUUCAGAAGAUGGGAUUUACUUUUUUAAAUUAUGGAUUGAUAAUCUAAAAGCAAUUAAUUUUCAUUUAUUCUCUUGAUUAGAUGAAGAAAAAAAACUAGUUAAUAGUAUGAUGAUAUUUAAAAAAAUAUUUAUUCAAAUGGUUAGAAAAUCUUAUUUUUCAUGGGACCCUUCUUAUUUUCAUUUGUGAAAAACUAGUUAAGCCCGCAUCAUGAAGAGUUAAAUUUUUAUUUUAUUUUUUCAUUUUAUUUCAUUUUCAGAAUCUGGUAGGAUGUUUUAUAGAAGCUCAGAAUCAAGCUGUGAACAAAAUUAGAGCCUUGAUGCAAGAAAUCACCUCACAUCGUGAUCACAUUGAUAUCUUGAAACAAGAACUUAAUAAUGUUGCGCACAGAGAAUACAAUCAACAAGUAAUUGAGACUUUUGAACUCUUAUUGAAAGAUACGUUCUCUAAAAAUAACCAAAACUUAAUUAUGUAGUACCAAUGUUCUUUUGAGGUUUCAGCUUUUGGCCUAGUCAGCAGGCUGAGUAAAUCUUAAGGUCAAUGUCAAAAACCCCUAUGGAGAACCAGCUGAGUAGCAAGGAAAGGGAAUGAACAGGUCACACUUCAGCUUUUAGGGGGUAAUGCUCAAAUUCUUAGUAACUGGCAAGGUAACAUUUACCUUAUUAAAUUUUAUUGUAUUCCUACAUUUCUUAUUGCUGCAAUCCUUUUACUUAUUUGAAGGUGGAUGAAACUACUGACAGUGUCACUGCAUUUAAUGGAGAAUCUGGAACAAUUCUUUUUCCACUUAGGUAAGUUUUAUUCCUAAAAUAGGGGAUACAAAAUUUAUAUAAAUUGCAACAUUGUAGUUAAGCUAACCUGCAACCUCUCACCCAUCUCAGUAGGAGAAUGAGAAGAUAGGUGAUAUCUAUUCCAACCCAUUAAGAAGUUGCUACCUUAAAAUUGCACAUGGCUAGAAGAGCUCCCAGGUAACUUUCCUUCUUGUGUAAAUCAAAAUGGCAGCAUUUAGUGGGACAUUUCUGUUCAUGUUCAUUGUUGACCUGGCUCACAUUACAAAGGAGCAAACUACCAAGCAGCAGAUUAAGUCUGGCAGUGCUGUUGCUGUCACCUAUGGUUGCCAUUUUUUUCUCUCUAGAUAUUCAGCUUUUAGUAGAGAGGGAUUAAAAUGAUUCCUCUUUAUAGUUAUUACAAAGCUUUGCUGUUGUUUCAGUUUACUUACUAUAUUAAUGUCAAUUAUUUAAUAUAGGCUGUGAAAUGAUAAUUACUAGGGCAAGCACAUAUAUUUUAACAAUUAAAAUGGUGAGGAUUUGUUUACCUUACAUCAUUUGUCAUUCAGAUAACCUUGAUUCAGUACCAAAUAACAAAAUGUAUCUCUUCCAAUUUGUUAAAUUAUGAUGAUAUAUAUUUUUUUUAACAUCUCUUAAAUUUCCUCUGUAAUUUUAUUAUAGAUUUAACCCAAAUAAAAAUUAGUUAUUGUUUGUUGAUAUCAAAUUUAAAUGUAAUUUUCCUUUGGUUAAUUUAUCUUGAAUAACUUCAGGCAUGAGCAAGAUGUGUCAUUAGAAGACUCACCAUCCAAGACUCCCAAAACUGUGAUUACUCCACCAAUUUACCACAGCAAAAAGUCAGCAUUUCAUUCUGUAAAGUAAGAUUUUGAUAUUUCUUGUUGUUUUCAAUUCAUUAUCAUUGCUUGAAAGCUCCAUUUAUUAAAAUUAUUCAAUCUGUGAAACAUUUAAAUAUGUUCAAUAUGCAAAAAUUUAACGUCACAUGAUGUGAUUGCAUGUGAAAAUUCCAAUUAUUUAUCCAAUUUAAUCACACUAUUAAAAUUACUCAAUACAAAAAACGUUCUGGCAAUAACUUUUCUAUUUUUAGCUUUUAUAUUUAAAUGCCUGUUUCAUUCAUGGUCAAUAUUUAGCGCUGACUCAUAAUUUUGUGUCCUCUUUCAUAAAAUGCACAGAUCAAGAAACCACCAAACUUCAAAAAAGUCCCCUAGUCACAACUGAAAGAAGAUAAUACAAAACAAUCUCACAGCUAAUGGACUUCCAUUCUUUCGUUACUAUAUUACUAUAUUUUACUGUUUUGUAAAAUCAUUCUAUUUAAAAACUUUUUGUAAUAAUAACUACCGGUACUUGGCUGUUCAUUAAGUGUUGAUUUUAACACAUUGGAUGACCUCCCCUCUUCUAGUUAUUUAUCCUUAAUAAAUAUAAAUCCUGUAUGAUGUAUACGGAUUAUUUAUUCAAUGCUGACUUAUAAUGGCUUAUAAUGACUUAUAAUGGAUUUAUGAUAGUUAAUGCUCAAUGGGGAUUUCACUUACAUUUGUUUUUACAAUAACAAGAGAUAAGAUUUUAAGAACACUGUCAACACUGUUUAUAAGAAUGUUCUCCUAUAGUUUGUUUAUGAAGUUUUGUAUAAGGGGAAUUAGGCUACUUUUUUGCUAUUAUUACUCAAAAUAAGGGAGACAAAAACGUAUUAAAAUAGUUUUAGCCUCUCUGAGAUCUGCAGAUAGCUAUUUUUCUAACUUUCAUGUUGUAUUUAUGUCAGCAUAUUUUAUAAUUAAGAAAAUUAACAUUUAAAUAAGUCUCUCUGUAAAAUCAUCUGUGAUAUAUUAACAUUAUAUUUUUGUAUC